AUUGAGCCAAGUUGCGGGGUCUGAGGGGAAGGCAGCUGAACACUGUCACGUGACCCAAACCGGCCGACCGCCUGCGAGCCAAUCCGAUGGGCAAGUAAUAUGACAUCACACCGCGCGGGACCUGAUUCACCUCGACCAACUCUCAAAACGGUCGCGCGCUGCCAGCCUCAAGUCCCGCCUUCCUCCCCCGCCACCGACUGUAGGCAACUUGCGAUUGGACGGGGAGAGCCGUCAAUCGCGUGACGCGGCACCGGUCUCGGCGAUCCAUUCAAGGAAGCGUGAGCGAUGAGUGCUGGAAGCAACGGGAGCUUCGAUAUCGAUACCCAGAAAAAAAUUUUAGUGGAAAUGGAACCUUUACCAGAUGCACAAAAACUAGCUACAGAAGUUGAAAACAUUCUUGUUAAUUAUUACAACAUUGGAAAUGAGGAGUGGAGAAUUGCAAAGAAAGUGAAGGAUGUAACUAUUUGGAGGAAACCCUCGGAAGAAUUUGGGGGAUUUCUCUACAAAACUCAAGGAAUGGUGAAAGAGGCUCCCAACAGAAUAGUGAAUUUCAUUCGACCUGGCCCAUGUAGAUUAGACUGGGACAGUCUGAUGACCUCUUUGGACAUAGUUGGGGAAUUUGAACAGCAGGGUUGUUGUUUGAUGCAUUACACUACAGCAGGACAAUUAUGGAAUAUGAUCGCCCCAAGAGAAUUCAUUGACUUCUCCUAUACCACAGAUUACCAGGAUGGGCUGCUGACUUGUGGAGUCAGUGUUGAAUAUGGGGAGAAACAAGAGAAGUUUGUUCGUGGAUUUAAUCACCCAUGUGGAUGGUUUUGUAUUCCUCUGAAGAGUGACUCUGACCACAGCCUCUUAACUGGUUUCAUUCAGACUGACUUACGUGGAAUGCUGCCACAAACAUUGGUGGAUUCUGCAAUGGGAAGUUCAUUAGUCAAUUUCUAUAAUGACCUCCGGAAAGCUUUAAAAACUUAAGCUUUACUUCAGAUUUUAAAAAUGCUUAUUUUCUAAUUAAUUAUGCAAUCAUCCUACUGUGUUAUAGAGCUCAGGUUGGUAUUAAGUGCAAUAUUUGUUGGCAAUGGCCGGUCUUACUCUGAUUCCUCAUUUAAUGUUCUAGUUGUAUGUACAAAUAAAAUAUUACAACUUCAAUAUAGCUAUUAGAAAAAUUUACGGGUAAUAGAUUUUAAUUUUAAAUUUGAUACACUGCAUUCAGAUUUCAUAAUCUGUUCAAAAAUUUAACCAUGGUAGUUCAACAAAUCAGGAAGAUUUGUUUAGACUUCAGAUUGAAGACUGAAUGUUUCCAUGAGGUACAGUUCUGGAACAUUUAUAAAAAUGGCACAAUAUGGUUUCAUUUGGAGCCAUGGCAGCGUAUUUUUAAUGAAUGGACCAUGUCUUGCAAAUUCCAUGUGUAAAUAUAAUUCCCAUACAUUUGGUGAAAAUGUACAUAUAAACACUGUACAAUUUCUGGAAUUGUAUGUAAAGCAUUGACUUAACUAGCUGAUUUCCCUGAUGGCUUUAAGCUUUUAAACCAGAUUCACUCCUUGAAGAGGUGGGGUUUUGGAUUCUGGCACGCAGUCAGAAAGAAGUUUGGGUAUCCUACUUUGAAAUUGUAGGAGAGGAUACCCAAGGAAAGAAAUGGAUCACUGGCAAACCCCACCUCCAUCAAAUACUCAGCUUAGAAAACAUCUGCAAAAUGGUGAGAAAUCUGAUCCAUUGGUAUCGGUGUUAAAUUAAUUUCUUUUAUCUGUGGCAGACUCUUCAUUAUGACUGGGAAUACAUAAGUGGAGGUGUUCUUUUUUCAAAGUUCAAGUUUAAAGUAAAUUUAUUAUCAAAGUACAUACCGUAUGUGUCACCAUAUGCAAUCCUGAAAUUCUUUGUCUUGUGAGUAUACUCAGUAAGUCCAAUAACCAUAGUAGAAUCAAUGAAAAACUGCACCGCUGAAAUGGCAAACUGUGUAAGUAUAAAAGAAAUAAUAAAUAAAUAAUAAAGAUCAAGAAUAUGAGAUUGAGUCUUUGAAAGUGAGUCCAUAGGUUGUGAGAACAGUGCAGUGCUGGGGCAAGUGAAGUUAUCCCCUCUGGUUCAAGAGUGUGAUGGUUGAAGGGUAAUAACUGUUCUUGAACCUGCUGGUAUGAGCCUUGAUACUCCUGUACCAUCUUCUGAUGGCAGCAUCGGGGAGAGAGCGUAGCCUGAGUGGUGGUAUUCUCGAUGAUGGAUGCUGCUUUCCUGUGACAGUGCUCUGUGUAGAUGUGCUCAAUGGCGGGUAGGGCUCUACCAUGUGGCUUGGGCCGUAUCCACUACUUUUUGUAGAUUUUUCUGUUCAAGGACAUUGGUGA